GAUAUCCAGCAGAAUAAGAAGAAAAAUAAUGACAGAAGAGAGCAGGUUCUGCACAAAUUGUAAACGAGAUGUGUCUGCUGCUAAUUUUUCCAUCCAUACGGUCCACUGUUUGAGGUUUCUCACUCUCUGUCUGGAAUGUGAUGAGCCAGUUUCCCAAAAGGAUAUGGAAGAUCAUCAAAAAGAAGCACAUAAUCAGAGCAAAUGUGGAGCAGCCCAUGAGCCAACAAAACACCUUGCUGGCCAGCCAAAUUCAGAACCCAUCAGUGAUCUGCCAAAGCCUUUAUCCUUAGCUCCCGCUUCAUCCUCUGGAAAUGCAGUGGCAUGGAGAGAUGUCCGUCCCAAAGAGAAAGGAAGGGACCAGUCGUUGAUCUCCAAAACCUUGCUUAAACACCCAAAGAACAAAAAGAUCGGCUCUCCCUCUACUACAAUUGGUGGACUUUCCACAUCACCUGAAGCUCUUAAAGACAGCCAGUCUUUCGAUAUGCUGGUGACCUGUACCCAUUGCAACAUUCUUCUGCCUCUUCCAGCCCUUCAGAAACAUGAGAUCAGAUGUCUACAUUCAACACUUUUGAAUGGGAUGAAACAAGAAUCAAGCCAUGGAGAAAUAGAAGACUCUUUCUACAGCAUUCAUGAUUAGAUCUGGAAAUAGAGGCACAUCUUCAGAUUGAAACUUCAGCUCAGCUUUAGCAAAAGGCAGUAAUAAGUGUGAUAACUUUAUUGACAAAGAAAAGUGACUUGCUGCUCUGGAUCAAGAACAAAGAUGGAUCAAGAAUAAAGAGUGGCUCGGAUUUUUAUUCCUUAUCAAGUGAGGCAUUUAGAAAUUUUUUACCAGAAAACUGUAAAAGUGAUGGGGGCUCAGCAUUUGUUGUAAUUUCAAAUAUUUCUGUGUAAGCUUGCCAUAGGCAUGUUCUCUUCCCACCCACUUCGGAAAUGGAAGCAGUUUAUUUUAAAAUGUUUUUUCUGGGGUAAAGAAGGAAAUAAAGAGCUCAGAAUUCCUUAUGUUGAGCACCACCAACUCCCUUUGUCCCCACUGAGAGCUGAGACCUUAGUGAAUGGCCCAGUGAAAUUUAAAAAAGAACAUUGUUAUGCUCACCUUAGGUUAUGCUCACCUUCACUUUGGUGAACCACUGAACCUAGGGACAGCACAAACAGCUUAGUCUUGGGAAAUUGCAGGCACAUCCAAGGAUAACUGGGGGUGUUAAUUUUCUGAUAUAUAAAUGGAAACUGCUAGAACCCAGUGGUGGAAAAGUUAAACUUGAAGAGUGGAUGCUUUAUGCUGAAGUCUGUGAACAUUUGUGAAGCAGCCUUUGCUGCUUGGCAUCUUGCAUCAAUAAACACUGAAAUAUAGAACAGUUUUACUACAUGGUUCCAGUUUGCUCUCAUCUGCCUGUAGCACUGUUCAAACUUAAAAGCUGAUGGCUGGAACUAAUGUACAUAUGCCGACUUAUAAUUUUAGUAAUGUCUUACUUCUCAGAUCCAAACUCUUCUAUUCUGCACUCAUUAGACUUUCACAAAGUUCAGAAUUCUUAUUAUUCUUUGAGACACAUCACAGCGAUGGACUUGAUGGCUCUUCACACAAUCAUAAGCUCUCCUGUGUAUUUUGGGGUCUGUACAGCUUCCAACAAACCCAGACAUGUCAGGCCUCCCAGGAACUCCUUAUUGUUUUUCAAAGUCUGUUCAAAGAGGGCUGGUAAACUUAACGUAGUCUGAAGGGACAAGAACCAAAGUGGCUAUGACUGAAAAAUGACACAAAACUUAGGUUAGGCCAGCUUUAUCCUCACAACUCAUACGUAUAACUCCAGCUUUUUGAAGAAGUGGUAUUUCCUCACCUUUAACAGCCACAGCAGGGCUUAUUUCAGAAAUCUGUGCUGCAGUGGCAUCGUGUGGCUGUUGGUGUCACUGGCACAAGCUAAACCACCUCAUGGCAGGAGACCUGGCCUUGGCGAGAGGAGGAGAAUCAGGUGCAGCCUUGCCAGCUGUUCAUUUGCAGAGGCAAAGGACUGUCUGGAAGUGGCAGUGGCUUCUGCAGACCUGAGGUCUGAGGGUCCAUAAGGGAUUUGCACGAGGUUCAAGGUGAGAAGCAAGCUUCCUUUCUCUUUUGCUCUCCUUGUUUUAAAAAUUCCCCAGUU